AUUUAAAAGAAAAAUAAUGUCUUUUUCAGGAAAACUAAAAUUUUCCUCGCGGGCUUUUCUUAGUAAUUGCCGUCUCUUUGUGAAUAAAUAUCACAAGCCAAUUUUUACUCGGGUAAUUAGAUCAGGUUAUCACUGCUGUUCAUUUCCAUUAAAACAAAAUUUCUACGGAUUUCCAGUCAAAUUUCAUAAUUUAUUUCACAGCCAAGUGAAAGCUAUGGGUGCCUUAAGUUCUCUGGAUCCCUCUUCCUUUUCACAGCCUGACUUGGCUGUUAUGAAACAUGUAUCUUUAGUUUUAAAUGUAGAUUUCGAAAAAAAAGUAUUAGAUGGAACCGCUGUUAUUAAUUUUGAGAUAUUACAAGACAUUGGAGAAUUGAUAUUAGAUGUUAGAAAUUUGACUAUAGAGAAGAUAGAGUUGGAAGAUGGUACGCCAUUGAAGUACAAAGUAGAUGACGAAGUGCCUAAUUUUGGAUCUAAGUUAACUAUCACUCUAUCCAAACCAGCUACUACUGGCGACAAAUUAAAAAUAAGAAUAAAAUAUAUUACCGCUCCAACAGCGUCAGCUCUACAAUGGCUGGAGCCGAGUCAGACGUCAGGGAAAAAAUACCCUUAUCUCUUCAGCCAGUGUCAGCCGAUCCACGCGCGAUCAAUCCUGCCGUGCCAGGACACCCCAGCGGUGAAGUUCACGUACGAUGCGGAGGUGACGGCGCCCGAAGAGUUCACGGUGCUCAUGAGCGCGCUCCGAGGCGAGGCCAAGAACAAUAAGACCAGUUUCCGACAACCCGUGCCAAUACCCGCAUAUCUACUGGCCUUGGCUGUUGGUGUGUUGGAGUAUAGGACUCUAGGACCAAGAUCACUGGUGUGGUCAGAAAAGGAAGAAAUCGAACGCAGCGCAUGGGAAUUCGCCGAAACAGAAAAAUACCUUCAAGCCGCUGAGAAAUUAUGCGGCAAAUACGAGUGGAGUCAGUAUGACUUGCUAGUGUUGCCGCCCUCUUUCCCCUAUGGGGGCAUGGAGAACCCUUGCCUUACUUUCGUCACCCCAACUCUAUUGGCUGGCGAUAGGAGCCAAGCAGACGUCAUUGUUCACGAGAUCAUGCACAGCUGGACUGGUAACCUCGUGACGAACAGGAACUUCGAGCAUUUCUGGUUAAACGAAGGCUUCACUGUGUUCCUGGAGAGGAAAGUUGCCGCCUCGUUAAUAGCUGAUACAGAAGAGGCAAGAAGGAGCAGAGACUUCCACAGUCUACUGGGUCUACAGGAAUUGAAUGAAACUGUGAAAGAAGAGUUGGGUGUUACUAACCAGUUAACGAAAUUAGUGGUGGAUUUGAAGGCGGUGCAUCCUGAUGAUGCAUUUUCAACAGUGCCUUAUGAGAAAGGAUCAUUAUUUUUGAGAUACCUGGAAGAUUUAGUCGGAGGGCCAGAGGUAUUUGAUGAUUUCCUACGUUCAUAUUUAAACAACUUCCAAAAGAAGUCACUGGAUACUGAUCAGUUUAAAGCAUAUUUGCUUAAUUACUUCAAAGACAACGAGAUUCUGAAGACGGUUGAUUGGAAUGCUUGGUUGUACACUAGUGGUAUGCCGCCAGUAAUACCUAACUAUGAUAGGUCUAUGACUAAGGCGGUUACAACACUCCUAUCAACUAUAAAUAACGACAGUGUGACUCUCAACUACAAUGACGUGAAGUCAUUCACACCGCACCAGAUCAUCAAUCUAUUACAGGCCCUGAUUGAUCAAUCACCACUGUCAAUCGAACGGCUUCGGUCGCUUGGGGAGGAAUAUAAAAUUGAUAGUAGUAAAAACACAGAAAUUGUGUACAGAUGGUUGAGACUGUGUAUUAGAAGCCGAGACUUAACGAAACUAAAUGACGCAUUUGACUUUGUCAACCGUCAAGGUCGCAUGAAAUAUGUAAGACCUAUCUACAGAGACCUAUAUGCCUGGGAGGAUGUCAGAGAAAGAGCUAUAGAAAAUUUCUUGAAAAAUGAACCAUACAUGAUGCAUGUAUCUGCAUAUACCCUCAGAAAAGAUUUACAUCUCAAUGAAUGAUACCAGUGUUCAAUAUUUUUAUCUAACUAGUAUUUUUUAUAAUAAUCAAUAAAUUGAUAAUUUUAUGCAUAUAUGAAUAAUGUUAUAAGUUGACGAAUAAUAAAAUUAUUUUUAAUAUUGUA